CUUCCAUCCAACUAACUAAUGGAAACUACAAGAUUUUCACACUGAGAAACCUAUGAGUACCAGCAUUUAUUAUCCACUCAAGACCUGCUUCUGGGGGGGAAAUCAGCUGCUGAGACUUAAGAACCACCUACUACUGUUUGCUCUGAAGUGAAAUUCUCAGACAAAAAUCGAUACUGCAAUGGGAAUAACUGUACAAAAUAUAACUGGAAGCACAGCUCUAGUUAUCUGGCCGAAAAUGGCUGGCUGUGCUGAUAGCUUCUACAGCAUCAUGUACAACCCAAACUGGGACAAAAUGCUAUCAGGGUACACCAGAAAACAUUUUCAAAAAGAAGAGCGAGUGCCAGCUAGUCGUUCUUCAUUUGUCAUUGAAAAUUUGAUCCCAUUAACAACUUACAUUCUGUGUGUAACAUGCCAGUCAGCAAACCCCUCCAGUGACCAAUGCAGGAUUUUUAACACCCCAGAGCAAGAUCCAGCAUCCAAAAGCAACAAAAAGAAAGAUCUGGCAGUGGGCAUAUGGCUAACCAGCACAGUUUUGCUUCUGAUCAUUAUUGGCAUCCUUAUAUACAGUUGCUUGCAUAUAUGGUGGCGCAAAAGAAGAGAGAGUUCAGAGAGACAAAGUAUUAGUGGAGAAGAUAAAGGACAGACCUGGUCAAAAAAUGAAUUGUACAGUUCAGAAGAUUUCAACAAACAAGCCCAAUCUGCUCAAGAUGUUGAGAUUCAAAGCACCGAGAGUGUCCAAAUGGCUACCAUUAUUGCAAAUCCUUUAACAUCUAAGAAACCCAUCAUGCUGAGCUCCAAAAGUCAAGAUUUUGUGCCUAUCUCUCUAUGCCAAUCUGACAUAAGAUAGAUGUUUCUAAUUGGGACAAGUUCAUGGCUUGUUGAGCAAAACAACAUUAUUAUAUCCUAAUGUAUUGCUAAAUCACAACUUCU